AUGAGCCAGGCUGUAGAAGAUCGGAAACUACAUCAAAGAUCAUAUCAUGCUUCUCUCGAAGAAAAAGAUGAAGCGAGAAGCAGGAGUACUUCUUCUAGUACGACAGCGCAGAAGCCGGAUCGAAGAAGUACCACUGCAUCACCAACACGAUCAAGUGGUCAUCCUCAUCACCGUCACCUCUCAGUGUCUCCAUCUACUUCCACCAGGAGUGCUUCUGAUUCCUUGCUAGUGGAAGUUGAGAUGCGUAAUUUUGAGUCAGCGAGUGAGCUCUUUCGUGCGCGCAACGACUUAACACAGAUUACGCAAGCACCAGACGCGUUCCUGAACCAGCUGAGAAGUGAGAUUUCAGCCUUGGCACUCCCAGGACGAACAGAUAACUUGUUUGCACAAGUUGCUAGGACAAUUACCGGGGUUUCAUCUCUUCCUGCUGUGGGGAGUAGUGGAGGUAAUACUACAUCUUUCGCCAUAGCAGAAACUCUGGUUGGUCCUCUCACCGGUUCUGUCUCCAUGCUAACGCCAAGCGCCGAUGGAUCUUUUCUCGAAGGGGGCGUGUUGAUUGACGGCAACGUACACCUCAACGGGGGAGGUGGCACGGAUGCUGGCGGUUCUAAUGACAGCUUCUUCUCAAGUGCAGCUGGGAUGGUGGUGAUGAUAGUUCUUGUGACGCUGUUUACGGGCUUUCUAGGACUCUUCUGCGCAGUGGUAAAUCGAACGCGAUGCCUGCGGCUUCUACGAGCAGCGAAACGGUGGAUGAAUCGUGGAGGUUCGAUAGUUAUGACAGACAAGGUGGCGGGUAGCUUUCUGGGCAAAAGAAUGGAAUGAUUUAAUUUAUUAUAGUAGUUAACUUUAACCCCGCUCUUCUUCCCAUCUCCUUUUCAUACCAGCGACCGUUGGCCACGAAGACGCAAGCGGUCAAUAUGCAGCUUCUGGCCAUCACCCUCAACGAUACAAUUUUCAGCAGCACUUGCGACAUAGCGCUGAUAACCUGUCUGUGAUCGAAAAGCUCACUCAGCGAUUAAAGGGCAGUUCUGUCGCAGUCGACCCUAUGUUUGCACCAGAAGCUUUGGCAGGCGGAAGAAAUAGACGCCUUUCGCCCAUGGCUGACGCCUAUCUCCGAGGCCUGGCUGAAAACGAUACGCGUGAGGCUGAAGUCGCCUUUGAGAGACAUCAUCUAGACCAUCUACAACAGCAAGGACAUUCGACCUAUGAUGUGGGUGAAAAUACGACAACGAGAACUUCGUCAAAGUCAAAAAAUACUAGGAUGAAAAUCCAGAUUCCCGAGGACACGGAUGAAUCAAGAGAAAUUGCAGCUGCACAAGCGGAGAUGAAUGCCGCAGUGGUCAAUACAGCGGUUGUCAAUACAGCGGUUGUACAUUUAAGGAGCCAUCCAGCGAAAGCGUCUGCAUCCUCAGCAGCAUCCUUGGUUUACUUUUUCUACUGGAAAAAGAGGCUUUUUCUACAGGGAAGAGAUGAAACCCUCCAAGGAUAUUACUCCGGCUGAGGACGAGGAUGCCUAUGCGAAUGCAGCAAUCAUUUAAUGAUAUUAGCUCUAAAAAUGCAUGCAAGAAUCUCAGGAAGAAACACACCUGUCAAGAAUGCAUCAGCUGCGAUGAGAAGUACACCACCGACGCCUACUUCAGUACGCGGUGGCAAAUUGAACAAUGAGUUGUGGGAAAUGGAAACUCGAGUUGAGCGUUUGCUUCAACAAGCGAAUAGAACGCCUAUUGUUAAGGCUUUCGCAAAUCAUCUCCCAUUCCCGUUUUUUUGGAGGAAUAAUUCUAUUCUACUAGAGCUUUCCCAGCAUGCAUCCGAACAAAAACACUUCGGAUGCGCUCGUCUAAUCUUGGGAGUCGUCGACUCGACGAGAUCCCUCCUGAGCCAGGCGCUAUGCCAGAACCACAUCGCGGAAUAGUCUUUCCACCAGAACCUGGACAGUUGGUAGAAGAACCAGGUCUAACAUCGAAAAUUAGAACAAUCAAUACAAAGAGUACUGCUCAAGAAGACAGAACUUCUUCUCCUUCUAAAAGAGCUACAAGAACAGGAGGAGGACCCGAAAGUCAUGUUGUUGAGGACCCGAACAAAAACAGGGAGAGUACUUCGAUUGGUAUCAAUCCAGAUCAUGUAGUACAACAACAUUAUACAGUUAAUACCGCUGCUCAAGGAGCUCCUCCAGAAGGAGAAGUACAACUAGAACAACAUCAGUCCUCCUCCAACUCUUCCUCCAAAACUACAGGCAGUUUAGGAACGAAAUUUCUUCCCAAACGUAGCUUAGCUGAGCAAGAGAAUGCCUUCUUCAACUUUCCGCGUGCGCAAACACCGGAGAAUGCGCCACCUUUGGAGCGGACUGGCGUGGCGCAGUCCGCUGCCUUGUGGGAAGGUCGACAUCGAAGAGGAACCGCAGAUUUCUUUCCGCAAGAAUUCAGAGAAGUCAAUCCGGGUCUGAAUGCCACGAUUUUAGGCGAAGAUAAGAGUAAAAGCGAAGUAGAGAAUGGUGGAGAAACUUUGGAUAAUGGAUCUGGAGGAGGACAAUUUAGGGUGGAAGACGAGGAUGAGGACUAGGAAUCGUCCUACAGGUUUCUUAGAAAGGGUAGGUCCAGGACGAAUUCACCUCGAAAUUUCAACCACGUCCAUGAACUCAAGUUCUUGAAAUAGAAAAUCAAAAUUCGGAUUUAUCCGAGAGCACUUUCAACUUCUACAGAAUAUUGAAUAAUUCCACACAAAAAGCAAAUUAUAGGUGUACUUAAAUGAUUCUUGAUGAUCGUGGUGGACAUAUAUGACAACUACUAAACUCGAGAACUACGACGUCAUUGAAAGUUCUCUGAACUCGAGAGCGAAGACG